AUGAAAAAUGCAGGUUACACAUUUAACCAGUUAGAAGUAGUAAAAAAUGACUUUAAAUUUUUACAAAAUUUUACAUUGAUUAAAUACAGAUUAUAUAAUAAAUCUAUAAAUGGAGGUCAAGUCAAUAACAAUAAUAAUAUUGAUCAUGUAGACAAGGCUGAAGCAGUAAACUAUACAGGUUUUAUUAUAAUGGGUAGUAUAAUUAUAAUAAUUAUUAUUAGUAUUGUUAUUUUUGUUAUAUGGAAUAAAAUAAGAAAAAACAAAAAUAGAGAUAAACGAGUAGAUCACAUACAAAUAUAUAAUACUAGAACAAAAAAUAUAUCAGCACCACGUUCAACUAAAUAA